AAAAAAAGUAUAGUUGAAUUAAUUAAUUAAUUAAUUAGGUAAUUUAAUUAUAAUGGCGAAGAGCAAAGAUGACAUAAAAUAUGGAACAGCACAAGCAAGGUUAUCAGAAGAUGAAGCAGUGAGGGUAGUGUACAAACAUGGUACACCACUUGAAGGUGGAAAGAUUGCAGAUUCUGAACAAGUUGAUUUGUUUACAAGUGAUGCACACAACAUUUCAAAAAAUGACCAAAAACAAAAUGCAGAUUCUAAUCAAUCUCAAUUGAAACGUGAUGAUGACAUAAAAGAAGGAGGAGGAGGAGGAGAUUCUACUCACUUCACUACUGGUGCUCCUUGCUUGCCUCAUAAGAACAAGCCUCCAACACUAGGUCAUAAAUUUUGACUAUAAAAUAAUAAACAGUAUAGCAAUGUUUAUGUGCUCUAUGUAUAUAUUAAUGUUCACUUUUGUGUGUGUAUUUUGUUACCCUAUGUUUCCUAUAGUCUCCUAAUGUGGCAUGACACAUAUCAUGUAGCCAUGCUGAAAUCUUAUAUAUAUAUAUAUAAUAGAUAAUUUUAGUAUUAUCAACGUUGGAUUUA